AUGGAAGAAAAGUGUCCCAUAUGCUUCAAGCAAUUCCCAAUACCAUUUCUAGAACGCCAUGUGAACUCCUGCUUAGAUACUUUGGAACUGCUGCUGCUGCCGGUGCCGGCCACUGUGAGCGGCCUGGCGGAAGGUGAAUCAGAUGAGUCUACUAUGAAAGAGCCAAAGCAGCUAGACGCGUUUGCAGCUCUUGGUUUGAAGACAGAUUCAUGGAGGAAUUCUGAUAAAGCCGUGAAGAAAGAGAAAGCCACGCUCACAGGCAUUCUUAUCGCGGAAAGACGCUUGAAGCGCAAACAGGAAGAGCUUGAAAGAGAGAUCAAGAGGCAGUCUUUGGAGAAGAGCUCGCUGCUAGAUGAAUCUUCACAGCUGGCAGGGUCACUGGGUCAGGCACGCGAGACUGGUGUUUGCGACGCUCAUGGAAGCACUCAGGUAGCGGGCUCAGUCGAGAAUGAUCAUACUGAUAUUCUGGGUAAGCUGGACAGCCAGGUCGGUGUAUUAAGGAACAGACAACGAGAUCGGAACGAUGAGCUCGCAAAGUUGACAAGAGAAGCGGAGUUACCACUAGCGCAAAGACUACGACCAAAGACUCUUGAUGAUUUCUUUGGACAGGAGAAACUAGUUGGUGAGAAUGGCGUGCUUCGAAACAUCAUGAGCGCAGAGCAGAUACCCUCGUUCAUUCUUUGGGGUGUGCCAGGUGUUGGGAAAACAUCAUUGGCCCGCAUAAUUGCGACGUCAUCUAACUACAAAUUUGUUGAAUUAUCAGGGGCGGACAGUAAUGCUAAGAAGCUUAAAGAGGCAUUUGCUGAUGCACAAUCAGAACGACAACUUACAGGGCAAAGAACUAUUCUAUUCCUCGACGAGAUUCACAGAUUUAACAGAGCUGUGCAAGAUUUGCUCUUGCCAGUCAUCGAGAAGGGUACUGUAACAGUGAUAGGGGCCACCACGGAAAACCCAUCCUUCACAUUAAACAAUGCUCUCUUAUCCAGAAUGCAUACGUUUGUGAUGGAGCCACUAUCCAACGAAGCUCUUGUGAAGAUUUUGAAUCGUGGGCUCUUCUUGAUUAACAAGACAAGGAAGCUUGUCUACAAGCUACAUUUGAUUGCCCUAAGCAGAGAUGCAAUAAACCACAUAGCACGCGUGAGUACUGGAGAUUCACGAGUCGCCCUUAAUAUAUUGGAGUCAAUCAACGCUUAUUUGUCAGGUAUGAUUUACAAGGUCGUAAAAAAAGAAGAACCUGAAAUUGAGACUAUUGAUUUUGAUCCGAAGUUUGGUGUGAUUAAAGUUGGCAUUGAGGAGUUGAAGCCGCUCAUGAGAUCGCAAAACUUUCAUCAAAUGUAUGAUAAGGUGGGUGAGAACCACUACGAUACAAUAAGUGCAUUCCAUAAAUCAGUUCGAGGUUGCAAUGCUGACGCUGCCGUGUUCUAUCUAGUGCGCAUGCUCAGUGGUGGCGAAGACCCUCUUUUUAUCGCCAGGCGAAUGAUCGUAAUCGCAAGUGAAGAUAUUGGGCUACGUGAUUCCUCGUGUUUGCCGUUUGCGAUCUCCGUCAUGGAGGCCAUACAGUUCAUUGGUAUGCCAGAAGGUGAGAUCAUCUUGGCUCACUGUGCUGUUAAACUUUCAAGAGCUCCUAAGUCCACCAAAUCCUAUAGAGCGCUCAGAGGGGCUCAAGCAUUGCUCAAGGAAAAUCCCGAUGUGAUGAAAUUGCCAAUUCCAUUGCACUUAAGAAAUGCUCCAACAGCUUUGAUGAAGGAUUUGGGUUAUGGGAAUACCUACAAAUACAAUCCUCACUAUAAACAUGGGAAGGUGGUACAGGAGUAUCUCCCACCCGAAUUGAACGAAACAAAGUUUGUUGAAAAUGGUCAUUUCAAAGACGGUACAGAUCGCUUGGUGAGCAUGGAGGAAAUGAAAGCCCUUGAUGAAGAGCGACAAGCUUUUGAAGAGUUCAAGAGAUCGAAACGUGAAGAACGAAGUACUUUGGCAAAAAAUUCUCGUAAGCAAUCCCGGGAAAAGACAAGAACACUCAUAGAACUGGUUGAAGACAGCGCCGAGAGACUUAAUAGUUACGAUGAAUUUUUAGACCAAAGCGAUCAACCUGAAUAUUUCGAUGGAGAUGAACGAGAUCACUACUCGGAUGAUCCUGACGCAUCUCACAAUUUUGAGUGUUCAUAUGAUGAGUUUGUGAAUGAGAAGUCUUUUGAGCAGAGAGACAGCCCCAUCCAUUAUGAUGAAAUGACUAUUUAA